CACGACGCUUCCUGCUUCGCGGGGCCGUAGCGUAGCUCCUUUAAAUGAGACGGAGAAAUGUUGUCGGCCGGGAGUUAAUGAAGUUGGGGGAAAACGAGGAUGUAAUUUCUCUGUGAACCGGCUACAUUGAAAAGACACGCACAGAAUGUCAGGGGACCACGAUCAGAACAGGAAGCGCCGCCCCCCCAAAAUGUUUUUGAUCUCGACCGACCUGAAGGUCCAGGACCAGCUGGACGGUACCAUUGUUCUGCAGCGGGGGUACAUCUGCCAGGAGCAGGACUCCGGCAGGAGCAGAGGCGACUCCCCUUGGGUCAAGGUGUUAGACAAUGACUUCAUGUUGAAAAUAGAGAGGAAGUACCUGCUUGAAAUCCCGAGUGACCUCAGCGGCCUGCUGGAGCCUGUAUAUGAACCGGAGGCUCGCCUUAAACUCCUAGGUAGUCCCGGGAAGCUGCAGCAGAUGUUGGAGUUGCCCGUCGAGUCCCCCCUGUGGGUCCAGGUGGGCUCGCAGGGCGAGCUGGCCGAGGCCGAUCUCAAAUACAUCGGGCCGCUGACCAGGGGGAGCAGCGCGGUGUUUUUCGGGGUGCAGCUCAAGGGUUCAGCAGCAGGUAGCGGGACGGGCAACGGCUCCAUCAAGGGCCACCGGCUCUUCUCCUGCCCCGACGCCUGCGCCCUCUUCCUCCCGGUCAGCCACGUUCGCCUGCGCAGCUGGUCCAGCCACAGCUCCUCCGCCGCCCAGGAGCGAGCCCGCGAGCGCGACCAGCCACACCCGCUCCACCGCAGCGGCGCCUACAACCCGCCCAGCAACGGGCACCACGGCAACAACGAGCGCCCACCUCCGCAGCAGCAGCAGCAGCACGGCCGUCACAUCAGCUUCCAACAGCAGCGUCCCGGCAGCCCCCCCCAGCCGCCGGGCGCCGGCGUCCUCUCCCGAACCGCCGAGCCGGCGGCCCGAGGGCCGGCCUCGCCCGCGCCGCUCCGCGUGGGCCAGCGCGUGUGUUUCGCCCUGGAGAGCGCCGUCCACGGGGGCGAGGUGCGCUUCUGCGGCCCGCUGCCGGGCCGCUCCUCGUCGGGGCCGUACGUCGGCGUCCUGCUGGACGCCCCCGUCGGCAACUGGGACGGCGUUUACAAGGGAGAGCCGCUGUGCCACGUUCCCUCCGCUCUCUACGGACUCCUCCUGCCCGUCUCCAAGGUCUCCCCAGAGACGAGACCCCACCGUCAGAACCCCCCCCUCCAGGCGAGCAGGUCCAUCCUGAAGCCGGCCGCGGCCCCCGUCACCAGACCGGGCCCUUUGUCGCCGCCCGCCGCCGCCGCUCCCAAAGUCGCCCUGAUGCCCCCGGGCAAAACGGCGCCUAGACCUCCCCCGCUGCCCAAACCCGCCCACAAAGCCCCGCCUCUCCCGCCUCCCAAACCCUGCAGCCCGACGACGACGACGGCGCCGCCGCCGCAGCAGGCCGCCAACGGGGCGCACGGCCCACCCUCGCCGCUGAGGUCCCCGGGCGGCAGCGAGGGCGAGGAGGCGGGGGCGCGGGGCGAGCUGGAGGUGGGCUCGAUGGUGGAGGUGAACGACCCGCCGCUCUUCGGGGUCAUCCGCUGGAUCGGGCAGAUCGGUGGCGUCCCGGAGCCGGUGGCGGGAAUAGAGCUGGACCAGGAGCUCUCUGCGGGAACAGACGGCAGUUACCUCGGCGAGCGCCACUUCCGUUGCCCGGCCAACAAGGGGCUGUUCGUCAAGCUACGCAACUGCAGGCGGGACUCCAGGUUUCCCGCCCCCGAGACACCCGUCAAUCAAGUGGAGCGAUGCAACUCCAUAGCCUUCGCCGAGUGGGGCAGCGAGCGGGUGGAGGAGCACACGCCGCCGACGGACGGGGACGCGGCCGCCGAUCUCUACCAGGGCUCCAAGAGGGGCAUCCAGGGUCACCUGAACUCCUGCUACCUGGACGCCACGCUCUUCAGUUUGUUCUCCUGCUGCAGCUCAGCGGACUUUGUGUUGUUCUGGCCGUCUGACUCUGUCGGCCAGUCCGACUCCAGUCAGGCUCAGGACCUGCUGCGCUGCGAGAUCGUCAACCCUCUGCGAAGGUACGGCUACGUGUGUGCCAGCAAGACCAUGGCGCUGAGGCGACUGCUGGAGGCCGCGAACAGCGACACCGGCUUCACCAGCCAGGAGAAAGACCCCGAAGAGUUCCUCAACCGGCUUUUCCAGCUCCUCCGAGUCGAGCCGCUUCUCAAGAUCAGAUCGAUGACUCUGCAGCCUCAGGAGGGCCACCUCUACCAGCUCUUCCCGCCUACGCUCCCCCCCUCCCCCCGCUCGCCCCCCCCGCUGGACUCGCCCGUCCUCCUCCCCUCGCCGCCGCCCAGCCAGAUGAGGGUCGCCAGCGUGCAGUCGCUGCUGGAGUCCUCCUUCCUCCACGCCGGCCUCAAGUUUGUCGAGGCUCCCUCCUGCCUCUUGCUGCUGAUGCCUCGGUUUGGGAAGGACUUCAAAAUGUUUGACGCCAUCUUGCCGACCCUCAGCCUGGACGUCACCGACCUGCUGGACGACACUCUCCGGCAGUGCAGCAUCUGUCAGGCCGUGGCGGAGUUCGAGUGUCUCCAGUGUUACGAGGACCCGGACAUCACCCCCGGUCACCUCAAGCAGUACUGCCAGACGUGCAACACGCAGGUGCACAGCCACAGGAAGCGGGAGUCCCACGUGCCGGCGAGCGUCUCCGUCCCCGGGGGCCCGUGGUCCGACGGCCAGCUGUGCGCUCGCCAGCGGAUGUCUUUGUUCGCCGUGACGUGCAUCGAGACGAGCCACUACGUGAGCUUCGUCAAGCACGGCCCCGACGCCGCCGACUGGCUGUUCUUCGACAGCAUGGCCGACCGGGAAGGUGGCGAGAACGGCUUCAACAUCCCCCGCGUGAAGGCGUGUCCGGAGGUGGGCCGCUACCUCAGUCUGACGCCGGACCAGCUGAGGAGAGUGGACCCCGCCUCCUUGCGUGAGUCGGCCCGCCGCCUGCUGUGUGACGCCUACAUGUGUCUGUACCACAGCCCCGAGCUCAGCCUGUACAAGUGACACGCCCUCUUUCUAAUGGUCACAUGACAUCCAAAAUGGGAUCUUUUUGAGUCAUUUGGAGCCCUUGUUACUCUCACUGCAGUAAAAGAUUUAGUGCCUUUUGGGGGAUUUUAGCCUGCGUUUGUUUUUGUUUUCUCCAACAAACACGCAACCAGUAACUUUAGUUUCUAAUCCAAACAAUGAUGAAAUUUACAACUUACGUUUACUUACUUUUGUUUUGUGUUUUGAAAGCUUACGACGCGUCGUACAAAACGAGAAGGGACAUUUGUUUCUGGCCUGCUGUUGUAACUUAAUGAAUGAAAUUGAGCAGCAGAUGGAUCGUUUCAUCCGACUGGUCGCGUCGCUCCGUCCGAUCCCGUUUACGAUGCAUCCGAGUCGUUCUUUUCUGCCGCUUGGACGCGGAUCUCCUUCAUGCCGCGUCACGUGACACCGUCCGCCCGAAGAAGGGAGAGAGCGAAGCCUCAGAACUCAACGUGUUCAUAAAUGAAACCGUCUGCUACGUUUACUAAAGAACAGCCGUAUGAUCCAAUAUGAUCCAAUGUGCCUAAUGAACACCCAGCCGCUGGUUCAGUGGUGGUUUGAAAUGCUCGUCGUGCCCUGGUUGGUAGGUUGGGGGCUAAUGGGGGCCAUUGCUGGUCUUUUAGAGUAACUGUGCCUUUUUACUAAAGCUCACAAAUGGUUUGAGAGCCACUGUGCCUGUAGCCUGUAACACACUUUACACUUUCUAAUUUGCACUGCUUCCUUUACAUGUCAGUAUGUGUGCGUGUGUAAAUAAUAGUAUUGCCUUAAACUGACUGUGAAGAUUGUACUUGGAUGUUUAAACGUUUGCAUUGCCAAUGGGUUUGUUUGAUACCAUACAACUGCAAAUAAAUGCCUUGCAAUCAC